AAAAAUAAAGCUUUGUUUUCUCACAGAAUGACCUUAGGUCACCAACCCCUCCCCUGGGUAGCGUUGAAAGCAAGCGAAUAUGGGGCAAGGUGGAUAUCAGUCUGGACUACCAGGAUGCCCCCGUGAGAGUUUUGGACAUAACCAGUAGGGAUGCCUGGGCUUUCUGUUGCUCUCAUUUGCUGGUGCAUUGGAAAUGGGUCCCUCUGGAGGUGUUGCGAAGAGGAGUAGGCAGUUCAGCCAAAAUCCCAGAAGGAGCAAAGGAGCAAAGGAGCGGCAGAGAUUUGGUGGCAGAAUGACAGCCAUUGUCCAUGGGUGAAGAGUCACUUGUGACUGAGCACAAGGUCUGUCAUUCAGCUUGUCCUCAGGUUCAGCUGAGGACAAACUGGUUUUGAGGUUUGGAGUAAGACUCCUACAGAUAGGGCAGGAUCUAGUGUUUAUUUUCUCAACAGUAUUUGCGGGGGCUAUUGUUUCAUAACUACAUGUGUUGAAAUACAGACUUCUUGCUUUUGGAGCAUUUUGGCAUUACUCUCAUACUCGGGUGGAGACCAGUGACUGACACCAUAGGACAUAUAGAAGACAAGUUAUUGGGGGACUAGAGGCUCUUCUGAGUUGGGCCAGCCUGUUCAGAAGACAUCAUCAGGAUUCCUUUUGAAAAAGAUUCAUCAGGAUGACCAUGUUGACUCCACCAACACUCCUGGAGCUGGCUAAGCAGAGCCUGCUGAGAGAUGAGGCCUUGGUCAUUGGUUCCCUGGAGGAGCUGCCCAUAGAGCUCUUCCCACCUCUCUUCAUGGCAGCCUAUGCUAGGAGAUACAGCAAGACCCUCAAGGCAAUGGUGCAGGCCUGGCCCUUUCCUUGCCUCCCACUGGGGCCCCUGAUGACAGAACAGGAACUUCACCAGGAGAACUUUCAAGCAGCACUCAGUGGGCUUGAUGCGCUGCUUUCUCAGGAGGUUCGACCCAGGAGGUGGAACCUGCAAGUGUUGGAUUUACGCACAAAUGUACAUCAGGACUUCUGGACUGUGUGGUCUGGAACCAGGAUGGAUGUAUGGUCGUUGAUUGAACUAGAGGCUGCACAGCCCAUGAAGAAAAAGCAAAAAGUGGGUAGUUUUGAGACACAAGCAGAGCAGUCCUUGGGUCCUGUGAAGGUCCUGUUAGACUUGUGUCUCAAGCAAGGCAGGAAAAAUAAACUGCUCACCUCCCUCAUGAAGAAGGUCAAGAAGAAAAAAGGUUUACUACACUUGUGCUGUAAGAAGCUGAAGAUUUUUGCGAUGCCCAUCCAAAAUAUCAAGAUGAUCCUUAAAAUGGUGCAGCUGGACUCUGUCCAGGAUUUGGAAAUUAAUUGUACGUGGAAGAUGUCUACCUUUGGGAUGUUUGCUCCUUACCUGGGCCAGAUGAGUAAUAUUCAAAGACUCCUUCUCUCCCACAUCCUUACUUCCUGUACUUACCUGGAGAAGGAAGAACAGUAUGUCAGCCAGUUUACCUCUCAGUUCCUCAGUUUUCAUCACCUCCAGAAACUAUAUUUAGACUCUGUCUCCUUCCUUAAAGGCCACUUUAACAAGGUGCUCAGGUGCCUGAAGAGCUCCUUGGAGAUACUCUCAAUAACUAACUGCCUACUUUCAGAGUCAGACUUGAUGCACCUAUCCCAGUGCCCCAACAUGAGUCAGCUAAAGGACCUGAGCCUGAGUGGGGUCAAUCUGACCACUAUGAGUCCUGAGCCCCUCCGAGCUCUGCUAGAGAGAGCCUCCUCCACUCUUGAAGACCUGGAUUUAGAUGAGUGUGGGAUCAUGGACCCUCAAUUUAUUGCCAUUUUGCCUGGCCUGAGCAAGUGUUCCCAACUCACAACCUUCACCUUCUGUGGGAAUUCCAUCUCCAUGGGUGUGCUGCAGAAUCUCCUGCUACACACCAUUGGGCUGAGCAAGCUAAACCACGUGCUGUAUCCUGCUCCCUUAGAGACUUAUGAAGACAACCCAGGCAUCCUCCACCUGGGAAAACUUGCCCACCUGCAUGCCAAGCUAAAGCAGAUGCUGCAUGAUGCAGGGAGGCAAGCCGUGGUCUGGUUCAGCGCCAACCUCUGUCCUCACUGUGGUGACAAAACUUUGUAUGACCCAGAACCCAUCCUUUGCUCCUGUUACAUCCCUCUUUAGCUGGGUGCACAUAUUCAUAGCUUUAUUCUGGGCCUAUGAACACUAAAGCUCAGAAUGUAAGUCCUUCUAGGAGAAAAAGAGAAGUCUUAGUUUCAGAUAACUUCUCAUAUAAGUGGAAAAAGGGAAGUUGUUAUGGUUGGGAGUCAAAUGUUGAUUUGGGGAGAUACAUCCUAUAUAGUUAGAAAUACACAUUUGAAUUUCUGGAGAAAGGAUUUGGGCUUGGGAGGUACAUGUGGGAGUUAUCUUUGUGUGUAUAGUUGUGAACAAAUGGCCAGAAAU